AUGGAUAUUGAAAUGGUGAAGUGUGAAUGUUGUGGAUUGAAAGAAGAUUGCACACAGGAAUACAUAAGUGAAGUGAAGGCAAAAUUUGAUGGUAAAUGGCUAUGUGGCUUGUGUUCGGAAGCCGUAAGAGAUGAAGUUAACAAAGGGAAUAAAGAGUUUGUAAUGGAAGAAGCUGUUAAGGCUCACAUGUCAUUUUGUCGCAAAUAUAAGUCGAAUCCAGCCAUUCAAGUUGCUGAUGGGAUGAGGCAAAUGCUAAGGAGAAGGUCCGGUACUGAUUUAUCUUCUUCUUCUUCUUCUUCAAAGAAAUAUUCAAGAUCUGCUACGAGUUCUUAUUACUAG